AUGCCUUCCUUUCGAAGCUCUCGUCGGGUCACUGGCUUGAAAGAUAGUGACUAUGACCACGAAAUCAGCCUAGUCAACCAUGAUAACCGCGGUUCACCGAGCACCGAUAGCCUUAGCAGACCUCCCCGUGCGUCGACCGGUUCGCAAUUGCUCCGUGAUGAGGAUACUACUGAGGGCCACGAUGCGGAACCAGAUGCAGACCGCAGUACGGAAGACAACGCCGACCAAGAUGCCAGUACGUCUGGACGCUCAGUGGAGCCAGAACAAAGUCAACAAUCGAAAGCCACCAAGCACCAGAGUGCUCCCACUCUCGAACCUCAAACGACAACGGCCACCACAGCACCGUCUAUCGAGGUCGAAGAACCGACGCCGCUGGAAGGCACAAUGCCCGGCAGAAGCAGUAGUCAACAACGGAGACCAACCACUGCGGAACGAGAAACAGCCAUUGACGUGCUAUGGGAGAACGAGCGAGGCUGUUUUGUUUGCCGCGUUGCCCUAUUCUCCGGCAAGGCUUUGGGCAACCUCGACCCCUCGCCUUGGACGAACCAAUUUCACAAGACGAGUCCCACCACGACCAAGACAGCACAAGUACCCGAUCCGUCCUGGGAGUGGGCAUGGCCUGAGUGGAAGAUACAUCGCGAACAAGGUGUAGCCAUGGACGAGUUCGGUUGGGAGUACUCGUUCAUGUUUUCCAAAAGAUACUCCUGGCAUGGUCCGAAAUGGUGGAAUUCCUUCGUCCGGAGGAGAUGCUGGGUUCGCAAGCGCAUCAAGAAGAAACCGGAAGACAUAUCGGAGGACCCGCACAUGCUGAACUCCGACUACUUCACUGUUACGCCUGCCAAUCACAGCCGUUCCUCUAGUGUGGCGCGCAGCCGUAGAGAAAGCGUUAGUAAGGCGAGUGAACAGACCAGUGUCGCGGAGGAGAAGCAGGAUAUUGAAGACGUUUGGACGCUUAUGGCCGUCCUCAGAGGCUCCCGCAUCGAUCGCGAAAAGAUUGAGGCUUUCGAGAAUUAUCUCGCACACGCCAAAGACAACCUCGAGCACUUGCAGGAGGAGAUGCAUGAUGUUAUGGGCAUUUUUGUGUUCCAGGCCUCGAGAAGAAUGCUACUGAGUCGUUUGACCCAGAUUUAUGAUGAAGCGGUCGCUGCAGACGAGGAGAAACAUGAAGAUGCAGACAAGGCAAAAGAAAGAGAAGAGAGAAGGAAACACCUUGCAGCGGCGAUCAAGCAUGCAGACGAAGAAGUCAAAAGGCUCUCGUAUUGGAGCGAUGUCAAGGGGCUUGCAGAGAAUGGCGAAGCCAAACACGCUGUUGCAGAAGACGAAGGAUGGAAUAAGGGGUGGGAGGGCGUUGAUCAGAGCGGUCCUGCGCAACCCAACUCGGGUGCUUUGCCUGGUCCACCAAAGAAGUAA